GUAAGAAUGUGAAGCUCGGACGUGCAAUACCCAAGAUACGUACCCCAAUCCUCCAGCUUCUGCCCAAUCAUUGCAUCUUUCGAUGCCAGUACCCCACCAGAUCACCUGCCAAAGUCGAUACAGCCAAUCACAGGAGCUCCCCAUGAACCCCUCCUCCUUCCUCCCAUGAAUCCCAUCGCAUCCCAUCCAAUCUAAUCGGCUCUCCAUCCCAAAAAUCCCCAAAGACGUCUCUUUUCCCACCCCGCACCGAUUACGCGACUGCUGAUUCCAUCUCACGCGCUCAUAUCAAUGUUCAACUAGGCUUCACAUCUCGCUCCAUCAACAACGUCACGUUUCCCAUAGAUCAGAGACGAGACACCGUACUUCCGAGUCAAACGCCAUCUCUCGUUUCUCGCAGACAUGUCUACCCAAGACCCCGGUAUCCCCUUGACCCAUGCCCCAGACGCCAGAGGGUACAAGCUCAUGGAGCUGCCCCCCGAUCUAGAGGCCCUGCUCACUGCCGAAGAUGCUCCGGUCAUAACCCUCACAUCAACCCCUACAACAGCCCUCCUCAAAACCCCAGACAAAACCUACAAGCUCCUGCAGAAAAACACCUCCAACUCUCUCAUCCUCCUGGCCCCUCACGCCACGGCACCCUCACCAGACUCCUCGGAAGACAACAUCCCCGUCACCGGCCUGGCCGCCAUCGCCACCAUCCACGAGACCAUUGAGCUCAUCGCCCAGACCGAGCCGCAGACGAUAUCAAACCUCAAAAACACUGGUAGUAAGGGUAAAUGGCAUGAGAAGUUUGGCCGGGGCCGGUAAAACCAGCAAACUCAUACUUACUUGCACAUCACAUAUCUCACUAAUCAAUCAUUGCAUUCACAAACA